GCGGGGCGGCGCAUGCGCACCACUGGCGGCCGCUAUGGCGCUGCCGUGCUCCCUGAAUCGGUACCUGCUGCUCAUGGCGCAGGAGCACCUGGAGUUCCGCCUGCCGGAAAUAAAGUCUUUGCUUUCACUUUUUGGAGGUCAGUUCACUAAUAAUCAGGAAACUUAUGGAAAGUCUCCUUUUUGGAUACUUACUAUUCCCUCUGAAGAUAUUGCCAGAAACUUAAUGAAACGGACAGUGUGUGCCAAGUCCAUAUUUGAGCUGUGGGGUCAUGGGAAAUCUCCAGAAGAGCUGUAUAGUUCUCUCAGAAACUACCCCGUGGAGAAGAUGGUUCCAUUUCUACAUUCAGAUUCUACAUAUAAAAUAAAGAUUCACACAUUCAAUAAAACAUUGACACAAGAAGAAAAAGUCAAACGAAUAGAUGCUCUUGAGUUUCUGCCAUUUGAAGGAAAAGUAAAUUUAAAGAAGCCACAGCAUAUAUUCUCUGUUUUGGAGGAUUAUGGUUUGGACCCCAACUGCAUUCCUGAGAAUCCACAUAAUAUUUAUUUUGGUAGAUGGAUUGCAGAUGGACAGAGAGAGCUUAUAGAGUCAUACAGUGUCAAAAAGAGACACUACAUUGGAAAUACAAGCAUGGAUGCUGGUUUAUCAUUCAUCAUGGCCAACCAUGGAAAAGUAAAGAAAAAUGAUAUUGUCUUUGAUCCGUUUGUUGGAACAGGUGGCCUUCUGAUAGCAUCUGCUCAUUUUGGAGCGUAUGUGUACGGGACAGACAUAGACUACAACACAGUUCAUGGCUUGGGAAAGGCUAGUAGGAAAAACCAGAAAUGGAGAGGACCAGAUGAAAACAUUAGGGCAAAUCUCCGUCAGUAUGGGUUAGAGAAGUAUUACCUUGAUGUCCUGGUUUCUGAUGCAUCCAAACCUUCCUGGAAGAAGGGCACAUAUUUUGAUGCAAUCAUCACUGAUCCUCCAUAUGGUAUCAGAGAAUCUACACGAAGAACAGGUUCACAGAAGGAAAUCCAGAAGGGGAUAGAAAAAUGUCCAGAAAGCCAUGUUCCUGUUUCCUUGAAUUAUCAUCUGAGUGAUAUGUUUUUUGACCUGUUAAACUUCGCAGCUGAGACCCUCACAUUAGGUGGAAGACUAGUCUAUUGGUUACCAGUAUACACACCAGAGUACACUGAAGAGAUGGUACCCUGGCAUCCUUGCCUGAAACUUAUUAGCAACUGUGAGCAGAAGCUUUCUAGUCACACAGCAAGGCGCUUGAUAACAAUGGAAAAGGUGAAGAAUUUUGAGGCUUGAGAAGAAAGAACAAAACAUCUGCCGUAUCUCAUGUCUAGAUCAGAACAGAAUUGAUAUGAGUAACGCCUUAUAAUGGAGCUUGACUAAAUGCAAAGAAUGCUCUUUGGAUUGUACUUGACCUGGAUUGACAACGGAAGCCCUCCCAAAUUUACUGGAAACUUGGGCAAGCUUCAUCUUUGCUUUGGGUCUAUAGGGUGAACAGAAAAGACCAGAGUGUGACUGCCUUAGAAUUUAGCGAUGUGGGCAUCUUUUCAUGCCUGUUGACCAUCUAUCUGUAUGUUUUCUUUGGAAAAAUUUUUAUUUAGAUCCUCUUCCCUUUUUUAAUCAGAUUUUUUUUUUUGCUAUUGAGUUGUAUGUGUACUUUAUAUAUGUUGUAUAUUAACCCUGUAUCUGAUAUAGGGUUUUUUCUUGUGAUGUCUUUGUCUAGUUUUGGUAUCAGGGUAAUGCUGGCCUUUGAGUUUUAAUUCUUCUUUGAAUGGUUCUUAGAGCUCACCAAUGAAGCCAUCUGGUCCUGGACUUUCGUUGGGAGGUUUUUGAUUUCCGAUUUAAUUUCCUUAUUAGUAAUCUGUCUGUUCAGAUUUUCUGUUUUCUUCAUGACUCAGUCUUAGAAGGUCGUAUGUUUCUAGGAAUUUAUUUACUUAUUCUAUGUUGCCCAGUUUGUUGGUGUGUAAUUGUUUAUAGUAGUCUCUUAUAAUCUUUGUAUUUCUGUGGUAUCACUUAUAAUGCCUCCUUUUUCUUCUGAUUUUAUUUCAUUUCUAUUUUAAUUGUGGACAAUUUCACAGUUUCAUUCCCUUGAGUUUAAUUUAAGAAAGUCUAGUAUUCCAGAUUUAUAAUAUUUUUCUAAGCAAAUUAAUUUGAUACUGAGAAGAACUAGAGAAUGAUAUAAGGAUGCUUCUGAGAAUUUUUCUUCUACAUGAAAAUGAUAAGGGCACUCACCUUAGAUAUUUUUAAAGCUUUAAAGCAGUAUUAAUUUUUGUUUGGUUGCUUUUUAUCAUUUUUCCUUUUAAAAUUUAUUUUUUUAAAGGAUAAAGACUAAUACUCAAGUAACUUUUGAGAUGUCUUAUAAGAUCAAAUUUGAUCAGUGAGUUUUAACUAGUAUGGGAUUUACUAUAACUUAAAAUACUCUCUUGUUAAAUUCAUCAUGCUUGGUUUUUAAUUAAUUACUUCAUUUCUACCUUCUGUUUGUAUGGCGAGAAGUGUAUAUAAUUGCAGCAAGAUCUCAGUCCUUUAUAAUGCAAGUGAUGACAUAAAAUUGUCAAACAGUUCUCACACGCGUCUAACAAAUUAUUCUUGGACUUGUUCAGUGUUGUUGAUUUUGGCAAUGGAAGACUAUUAAUUUUAGAUUUUUACACUUUUGUAUAUGUAUCUCUUCAUUUUUGAUUUGUCACUUGUUAGGUUUAACUUCAGUAUGACUUUUGGCCCACUUGCUAGGUUAUUAUAAAAUGUUCUUUCUUUCCCUCUU